UCAAACUCAAAGAUGAAUAAAAAAAAAUUUAGGGGAGCACAUCGUUUGUCGAGAAGAGAAGAAGAAGCAUGAAGAGGUGGGCUUAAAGUGGAUGAUGGGCCGGUGGGCGAUAAAAAGAAUGAAUAGCUCGUCCGCUUCAGUGUGGUGAGCGUUGGUGGUGGCGGCGCAGCGCAGCGCAGGGAAAGGAAGCAAGAAGAAGGGCGACGAACCCUAGCUCUGGUCGGACGGAAUCCCCUGUCCUAGCUAGAUCCACAGGUGAAGCUGAUGGCUGCUGUGCUCCGAUCCGCGGCGAGGCGGUUGGCCGGCGAGCUGCCGGCGGCUGAGAUGGGGCUCCACCGCCUCCCUCUGCACUCCCAGCUCACCCUUUUGCCCAAUGGAAGCUCGGUUCUGAGUCCUCUUGUGCUGCAGGCCAAUGUUUGGAGCGCCUCAUCUGCUCCUCGCUCUGCCCCCUCUUCUCUGACCAAGGCUAAGGCGGCGAUGGAGAGCGCCAUUCGCCCGUCAUUCAUCCCGCGUCACACAGUGUCCACCUCUUUCGGCCGCGCCGCCUCAAAGCCUCUGUGCAAGACCAAGGCGGUGAUCGAGAGCACCCUUCUACCACAACUCAUCCCGCGCCGCACAAUGUCCUCCUCCUCCGGUCGCGCCGCCUCUCAACCAGCCGACAAGUUUUGCUUUUACCUGAGGGGCGCGAGGAUGACAGCUAUGCAAGAACCAGGCUCAAAGGAACUUAGCAUGAUAAUUUUCGUGAGAAGUGAAGAAGAAUCGUUGAAUGAUUUCUGGUAUUUCAUGAGUGUGGUAAAGAAGAAUGAGGUUCAGCGUGCAAAGGAGAUGGAAUACAGACAUAUGCAGUCCAGAUACGAUAAGGAAUGGGAAAAGGUAGAAAAUCAGCCAUGGUUCCGGAAGUUGGAGAACCUCCAAGAUCACCUUUCAAACAAGGCUUGGGUUUUAAUUCCUGGUGGCUUACUGCUUGCCGGCCUGGGGGAGUCCUCAGACUGGAAGCUGCUAAGAGGCCCACACGCACCACCCCCUGGACCUGGAGAGGAGGCCCCUUUCGAGAAGAAUCCUGUAGAGGACAUGUUAUAAGCCUUGAAACUGUGGGGGUUAUGAAGAGGAUCGGAGGUCAUGACAAGCCUAGUAGGGCUAAGAAACUUGUAAAGUUUAAUUGGUUUCGUAAGAUUUGAUUCUUAGUUUC